AUGACGAUUGUGGUGUGGACGGGCUCUGCCAGACUUCACCUACCGAUGGCGCAAAGCAGUGCCAUUGCAUGGGCGGACGAAAGUCCAUCUAUGAAAUCCAGUUUCGAGUUCAAUGAGUCACUUUACAAUAUGAGGGAAGCUGAUAACAACAAGAUUUUCUGGAGAAUUCUGAAUGACGAAAUCGAGGUGGUCUUACGAUACCCAGGUGAAUCAUGGGUUGCUCUAGGAUGGAAGCCACAAAAUGCUGAAUGUCCCCAGAUCGCCAAUCAGUUCGUGGCUUCGACUACGCAGCCAUCAAGCAGUCAUCCUCUCCACAAGGUCGAAAUCACUCCACGGGAAAAGCUUCCAGUCACAACGACUAUACGAACAACAGUUCAAGUGACGACUAGGAUAUCUCCUGGCAUUACCCCUCUAGUUACCACCAGGAUCGCUCCCAUCAACAUCACUACGACAUCUUCUAGUGAAUCAGUCGAAGAAUGUGGUCCUAAUGAGCAAUGGUCAACGUGUCCCGAAAUGUCCCGUGACUGUGAACCAUCGUGUGACUGGACGAGAUUCCCGGAAACCAUUCCAAACUGUCCCAGAUCAUGUGGAACUGCCCGAUGCGUUUGCAAGGAAGGUUUUGUUCGAAUGACCAAUGACGAAGAGGCUUGCGUCCCAUUUGAUUUCUGCGAUAAGGAGGUAAGGGUUGUCGCUCGAAUAAAUGAAGCGGCUGCAAGCAAUCUGGCUAACUUUGCGUUUCCCAGAAGAUAUGAGUCGCCUACGACCCUAUUGAGAACAAGAGGCCGCACAAGCCUAGAUAUAGACAGUCACUUCCAUGAAGAACACCUAACGAAUCAGACCGCUGAGAUCAUGAAUGUUCCAUCUGUUUCAGUUGAUGUUCCGAUACAAACUCGAAUAACCUCAACGACGAGGGCUACAAUCACUAGCACAGAGAAUUUGAAAUGUGCAGUGAAUGAGACGGUCGUCGAGUGUGGAAGAGUCUGUGAAGCGGACUGUGUGUCAAUUUUCACACGAUCCGAUUGUGAUGAAUGCGGUUCACCAGCCUGUGCCUGCAUGCAAGGCUAUGCCCGUAAUCCACAGGGCACCUGCGUUUACUGGGGAGACUGCCCUGUCAAUAUGGGCGGUGAUGUUUGCUAUGGCGACUUCCGUUAUCCUCCCGGAUGUUCGGAAUGUGAUUAUAAAUUGUCUUGGAACUAUGUCGAGGACUCUGAUGAGAUCGAAUUCUCCCUAGAGACUAAGCUCAUGCAGAAUUCCUGGACAGGCCUGGGUCUCAGCAAGGACGGCUCGAUGGUAGAUGCCGACAUGAUGAUAGUGAAGUCCUUCGGAGGAAAGCUCAGCCUUCAUGAUAUGUACAGCCAGGGGUAUGGAGCGCCAUUGAAGGAUAAGCAGCAAGACCUCUUCACUCCUAAUGUGAUUGGAACUCAUUCGAACGGAAUAUUGCGAGCCCAGUUCAUGAGGAAACGGAAGACCGGGGACAAAAACGACAGGUCGUUCGUGGACGAAUGUUGGAAGAUGAUGUUCCCCGUGAACGGAGGGAAACUUGACGAGAGCGGAAAUAUCACCGCCCAUAUAGAAACCCCGUUGGUCACGGAAAAAGAAGUCUGUAUUCGAAGCUGUCGUGAGGAAAAAAAAGACACCAAUAACACUUCGUGCGAGAACUCUUAUCGAUACCCGGCUAAUUGUACCGGAGACGACUGCGAAUAUCGAGCUUCAUGGACCUACGACAGCGCUAAAAACGACAUCCGCUUUGAAAUCUCCAGCAGGAACAUCGGCAGAUGGACUGGAAUAGGAUUUUCAAAAGAUGGCCAAAUGACAAAUUCGGAUAUCUACACCGGAUGGGUUUAUGAAGGAAAAGCUUUUGUUACGGAUCGUUUUGCGUAUGGGCGGCAACUGCCUGCGAUUGAUCCAGCUGAUCGUCAGAAUAUCUACGAUAUAGGAGGAAAAAUAGAGGAUGACGUUCAGACGUUAUGGUUCCGUCGUCCAGUGCUAUCGAAAGAUCACUUGACCGAUUUCCCACUCGAUGAAUGCUGGUACUUCCUGUUUCCCAUCGGAGGUGGACGUGUACUUGCCAGAAAAAGCAGUGAUUUCACCAAUCCCAGAACACCCAUAGGUUACCACGAUCUCUAUCAACCGCGAUCCUCUUUGAACAAAAUCUGUAUAUGUGAUGCAGACGGAAAGCGGAUUUCUGCUCGGUCACGUACUCGACGUGAAGUUGUACUGGCAAAUUCCCCACACAUUCCCACAAAAUCAAAUGCUAUGGAAUGUACGGAUAUGGUCGUAGGUUCAGUAAUAGAUGGUCGAGGACGUGUACGGGACUUCUAUUCGCCGUCAAAGGCAACACCACGCCCAGAUUCUGUGUUCGGUGGAUCUGAUUCUCUUACCGCGGCGGCCGCUUUCAGAGAAGACGGUAUCACAACUGUUGUGUUCCGGAAAAAACUUCAAGCUGAAGACGAAUGGGAUCACACCAUCAAGGGUCCAAUGACGGUCAUUUGGGCGAAAGGAGCCAAUCCUAAUAACUAUCAACAUACAACUGGAGGAGCCCCAAUCAAAGCCGAUCCCGACUUUUUCACCAACGAUGCUUUCAAGUAUCAUGGACGUAAUCAACGAGGAGUGCUCACGAUCGAUUUCUUGAAAGAUACUAAGAAAGAGCAACUCAAGCACGGUCUGCACAUCGACGCCUCGACUUGUUCGGGAAGCUUCUCGUUCCCAGCCGAUUGUAUUGAAAGUGAUGCUGAAACCCCUUGUCAGUAUGUGAUGAGAUGGGUUAGCGAUGGAGAAGUGGCCAGAUUCAGUGUUGAGGCAAAGAUGAAGACUUCCCAAUGGGUAGCUGUCGGUUUCUCACCUGACGGAGGAAUGGCCGGCUCAGAUGCUGUGAUCAUUGGAAUCCAGCGGGAUGAUGUGGUCACUGUCACCGACCAAUUCAUGCCCAACUAUGGUCGGCCGAUUAUCGACGAACAGCAGGACAUCUUCGAUGUAGAAACGAACUACGAUGAGGGAACUCUUACGGCGAACUUCUCACGAGAACUGUUCAGUAAUGACAAGAACGACAUCAAUCUACAGGACUGUGUCCAUUUGCUCUUCACAAUCACCGCCAACCAGAUCGAACCUACUGGAGAGAUCCGCAAGCAUGGAGAGACACCAAUUGCUAGUCAAACGAAGGUGUGCCUGAACACUUGCUCUGAGUUGCCAUCGACAGUGAAGAUACUGAAAGGUGGUGCUAAAGAAGCUGGUAAAUCAGAGACGACUAAACCAACAACGACUACUGAACCAACGAAACCUGAGACGAAAACAAAAACUACAACUGUUCUUCAAAUGCCACCGAUCAUUAAGCAAGCUCCUCCGUUCGUUGUCUACGAGCCUACGGAACCAGCCAAAUCUCGCUAUGGACUUCGUGUACGUAUUCUCAACAAGGAGUACGUUCCAGCAUUGGCUGAUCCUCAAUCAGAAUACUACCAAAGCUUUACGAAAACCGUCACCAGUGCAGUUAAUGACCUGUUGGCGAAACGAUGGAAAGGCAUGCAGGUAUCCAAGCUGAUUGGCUACUCGAAAGGAUCCGUCAUAGCUGAAUUUGAGGUUGUAUCUGAAAGAGAUGCUCCUCGCCCGAUAGAGGUGAAGAGCUUGUUCGAGGAGAAUGCCGUACGUGGAACCAUUGGAGAAUUAGCUAUUGAACCUAGCACUAUCAAAGCCCACGCAAUAGAUUCCACUCCACUCAUGGAGGAGCCUGAGUUCGGAAAAGCCUUCGUGCGAAAUCUGGUGAUCAUCGGAGCUGCAGCUCUACUUCUGAUAUUCGCAGUUUCCUGUACUUGUUGUCUCCUCUGCCGGGUCAGGAAGUCGUCCAGAUAUAACUCUUACCCAGUGCCUCAUCCGACUCCCUACCUCUACGGAAAUGGAAUGGCCAAAGCCCCAGCAGGUUUCGAUAACGCCGCCUUUUUCAAUCACCAGCGGCAUUACUCUCAAGCAACGACUGCUUCCACCAAAAAUGGAAACAGUCCCCAAUCUGCAGAAGGUCGUGGAGAAACUCCCGGCGGAAUAGGAGAAACUACCUACCAGGAAUGGUACUCCAAGGUGGGCUCCAAGCCGGCAUCACAACAACACGAAGAAGCCCCAGUGACCGCUACACGUCCCCCAUCGACGACCCCAUAUGUCUCCUAUCCAAAUGAUCCGUCCGGCUACUACACCCUGGGCGGCGAACAUCGAACGGAAUCAGGCCCCAAGCAUUUCCGAUCUCCGUUUUGA